GGACGCUAUUUAUAAAAUAUCAACAUCCGGUUGAAAUAAGCACAACUUCCGGGCAGCAUGUUAGCAUGGAAAAUGACAUUGAAAAGGGAGAUGUAGAUUUCUUUAGAGAUACACACGUGCGUUACCUAGGAUACAGUAAUGAAGUAGGCGAGGCAUUUCGUGCCCAGGUUCCCGUCAAAUGGGUCUACCUCAGUUAUGUUGUAGCUAGUGGUUAUGUGGUGGCGGAUGCCAUACAUAAAGGCUGGGAAACAUCUCAGAAGUCAUUUGAAGACGAACGUAAGAAGAGACUACGUGUUGGAUGGGCAAUCGUAGACACACUAAUCUGGCAGGGUCUGGCGUCUGUCGCUAUCCCAGGAUUCACCAUCAACCGCAUCUGUACGUACACCGAGGUACUUCUGAAGAAAGCCACCACGUGGCCUGGACCAACCAGAAAGUGGACCACCACUGCCGUCGGGCUUCUCUCCAUUCCUUUCAUCAUUAAACCUAUAGAUAGGUCAGUUGACUAUCUGAUGGAAAACACUCUAAGGAAAUGGUAUGUUGGGCCAGUCCUGAAGAACGUGGUCCAUCACAAGAGAAGCGACUGACAAAAGGAAGGCCGAAAAUAAUACUCUUUCACUACAUGUUACUCUCGAGAAUUUUCAAGUUUUAGAUUCAUUUGGUAGAUUAUUUUCCCACUGAGCAAAAACAAACAAACAAACGAUGACUUUCAAGAAUAAAAUGGUCACAAUUUUAUGGACAGUGAUACAAAGUACACAUGUCUUAGGUCAUACUAGUAUCUCCUCUGAGGUGACUUCGACUUAAAGAAAGAGCUCUUGGAUUUUUUUUAUUUGGUUUGACAAGCCUGAUAUUGGGAUCAAGAUCUAUAGGGGAUGAUUAAUUAUUGUGUACCGAUGACUGAGAAAGGCAGAUAACAAAGAUAUGACCUCGUGUGACCUUUGCUUAGACCACGAAUGUUUGUCCAGUUGGACAUAAAAGUGUCAUUAUCAGCAUUUAAAUAAUCAGUCUCAAUGAACGAGGAUAACUCAGUGGUUUAUUUCUUUUUAUAUAUUUUUUCUUUUACAUCUGAAAUAUCAUUUGAAACUAUUUUUUUUUCUAGUUUUAUUUCUGUUGUAGGUAAAAAAAAAGUUUUCCUCUACAUUUUGUUCAUAUAAACGUGUUCUUAUUUUUAUUUCCUCCUUUAUUGAACUAAAUUUUUGUUGCUUUCAAA